AUGGCGAAGAAGAUCACCGAGAAGAUCGCGGCUUUGCCGCCUGAUGCCAAUUACUCUCCCUGGAGUUCUUUCCUCCAAAGACCCGGAUGGUGGGGUGACCCCGCAGACGACUUGGCUGAAGGGGUUGGUUUUGCGAACCUGUCUGCGCGUCUAGAGCGUAUGGCUCAGGCACUGCGCCCGCUCUUCGUCACGGUCACUUGGGGUGCAGGCGGGAGCACUGCGGCUCGUUCUCUCGAGCUCGCUGAGGUCUGUCAGCGACAACUGCAGUUGACAACGGUACUGCAUUUGACAUGCACUAAUAUGAGCCGAGCUUUGGUCGACAUGGCCCUCGAGGAGGCUAAAGUCUUGGGCAUCCGGAAUAUUCUGGCCCUCCGUGGCGACCCACCUCGCAGCGAGGAAUACAACAUGCACGGUGACGAUGAUAGCAACAAGGAUUUCACAUUUGCUGUGGACCUAGUCAAGUACAUUCGCAAGCAGCAUGGCGAUUACUUCUGUAUUGGUGUGGCGGCAUAUCCCGAGGGUCACCCUGCCGACGCUUUCCAGGAUACUCAGGAUCCUCUCCGAGAUAUACCAUACUUGGUUGAGAAGACAGUUGCUGGGGCCGACUUCAUUAUGACACAGCUUACGUACGACCUGGAGGCAUACAGAAAGUUUGAGACCCUACUGCGCAACCACGAGUCUGGCGCGUUCAAGACCAUUCCUAUUAUUCCUGGCUUGAUGCCGAUUCACAGCUACAAGAUUCUCACCCGAGUCACCAAGCUCAGUCAUGUGAAGAUUCCCGAUCCCAUCGCCAAGCGCAUGGAGCAGUUAAAGAACGAUGACGACGCUAUCAAGAAGGCCGGUGUGGAUGUCGUGAGUGAUAUCGUGAGCGGAAUCAAGGAGCUCAAGGCUCCAGGCCCCAGAGGUUUCCACUUCUACACCCUGAACUUGGAGAAGACCGUCUCAUUCAUUCUUGAGCGUUGUAAAUUGAUUCCCUCCAUUGGAGAGGAUGAUUCUGCAGUUGACGAGGUUGAUGCAACGGUUUCCCUGGAUGACGUUCCCUCGCGGACCCAACAACGCCGCUCCUCCCUUGCUUCACAGCCUCACAACAGAGUCAUCGUGGACAAGCUCUUCGCGCCAGCACCAGGAUCCUCACAGAGCUCUACACAUGAAGCUCUCGCAGAAAAUGCGGGUCUGCCUGCCUCGCAACCCAACCGAAGCCAAACCCUUCUCAUCUCCGAAGGUUUAGGCUCGCUUGGUCGAGAGGCUACAUGGGAUGACUUCCCUAACGGACGUUGGGGUGAUGCGCGCUCUCCGGCCUUCGGUGAAAUUGAUGGUUACGGCCCCUCAUUGCAUGUCACAUCAGCAGUUGCACGCCGGCUGUGGGGCCACCCAGUCGAACACAAAGACGUCAACACAAUUUUUAGACGCCAUGUAUCCGGAGAACUCUACAUGGUCCCCUGGUCCGAGGGCGGUGCUGAAGAAGGCGGUGGUUUGAACCCGGAAACUGAAGUCAUUCGCCCCGAGCUGUUGAAACUUAUCGAUGGCCGUGGCUGGUGGACUCUGGCCUCGCAACCGGCUGUCAAUGGCGUGCGUAGCGACGACAAGAUCUUCGGCUGGGGUCCCCUCCCAUUCGUGGAAUUCCUUUGCCCAAGCAAGGACUUUGAGACUAUUUUGAAGCCAGUCUUCGCUAAACACGGCCACGAGAAGCUGACUUGGUUCGCUACAAAUGAGAAGGGAGAUUACCAGUCCUCUUCUCCCGCCGCCGCUGCGAAUGCUGGAACCGACGAACUUGUCGCCAACCCCGAAAGUGCUAAUGCUGUGACCUGGGGUGUCUUCCGCGGGAAGGAAAUCGUCACCCCCACGAUCAUUGAGGAGGUCAGCUUCCGCGCCUGGGGCGAGGAGGCAUUCCGUAUUUGGGAAGAAUGGUGCCGCAUUUACCCCCGCGGGUCGGCAACCUCGACCUUCCUGGAGUCUGCCAAGAAGGACUCGUGGCUUGUUUGUGUUGUCGGUCAGCAGUUCGGAGCUGGGACCGAGCCUGGCUCCAAAGAAGAGGAGGACGAGGUCAAGUGGAUGUGGCGUGUGCUUGCGGGAGAGACGGAGUAG